GGCGUGUCUUGCAUGUGGUUCAGUACGAACGUUGUUCGCUCGACGAUAGACACACGUGCCCGACAGUCGCCACAGCCGCCGCUGAUCGCAAUUUAAGCAAGCAGACAUGAAGAUGAGCAAAGUGGGCAACCAAACCAACUCGCAAGACCCUCAGGCGGUUAACUCUCGGGUUUUCGUGGGAAAUCUCAACACAUUUCAAUGUAGCAAAACCGACGUCGAAAGAAUGUUUCAACGAUACGGUCGUCUUGUUGGUAUAUCAAUGCACAAAGGAUUUGCUUUCGUUCAGUUCACUAAUCCCUUUGACGCUCGCAGUGCCUGUGUCGGAGAAGAUGCUCGAACCGUUUUGGGACAAACAUUGGACGUAAACCUAGUGGCCGAACCGAAACCGCAUCAGACCGGUAGGAAAAGGCAAAACUUAUCGAAAACCGGAAACGACUGUUAUUACGCCGCUUCGUCAUCGACGAUAUCGCCUCCGACCGCUGUGGCGGGCAACAAUUGUAACGGCGGUGGAUCAAAGGCUUCGAAACGCCAAAAGGUCAGCCAUCAGUUCUCCGCGAAGGGUGGUCGUAACCAGAACGGAGGAUGUGGUGGUGGUGGUGGUCAACCGACGGCUGGACAAGGUUUACAGCAACAGUCGCAUCACGCCAUCGUGCCAGACCAACUUAAACUCUACAGCAAUCCGGACAUACUGAUAUGUGGCAACUGUCGUGAGAUGUUCACCGAACUGCAAGGUCUAUUGGAUCACAAGAAGGAAUACUGCAAACUCAGGUUCACGUGCAAGUGUAACAAUUUGGUUAAGCCCAACUUUACCAACAAUAACAAAUGGUCCGGAAACUUGAACGAGGGCUGCUUGUCUUUGGCGUGCGUCCAGUGCAAAGAAUCGUUUGACAGCGCAUGGGAUCUCAUGGUGCACGCGCAAUCAGCUCACAUGAUGAACGUCUACCAGUUGACCACUCGAGACCAGAUAACGGCAUCGCCAGUGGGCACAGAAUCGGAAAACGGAUCGACGUGCUCCGUGGGCGCUCAAGUGAACAUCGACGAGGAUGCAAACGGGUCGGCGGAUGAGUCUCUGUGCGGUGGACGAAACGAAUUAUACGAACCGAUGGACAACGAUCGCGAACCCAACCUCACUUCUCCGGCGGCAAUGAGCUUUAUCGGUGAAACGGAAAAGGAAUUGACCGAUGCACCGCCGAUGACAUCUUCCUGUCAGACUUGUCUCAUCCAACAACCUAACAUCCAAGCUCUCAUGGGCGUCCAUUGAACUGCAUCGAACAAAUAACAAUAUCAUAAAAUAUACAAUAUACAUAUAAUAUUAUACAUCAUCAAUUCAUCGCCAUAAUAUAUAUACAUAUAUACUAUAGUAUAUUAUUAUAUCAUAUAAUUAUCUAUAUAGGUAAGCGACGACCCCGRCUUAAUGAUCCACGGCCUACAAUUGGUCAUGGUUGAGUUAAUUUAUUUUUUCAAUGUUUUAGACAUUAUGUCUUAGGCGUUUUAUUUUUGAGAAGCACUCACCUUUUUUACACGUCUGGCUUAUAAAAAAAUACUUUGAGGAAAUAAUUGUCCAUGCUUCUAUAUUAUACAGUAAUAAUGCACAAUACUUGAAUAAUGUGUCUGCAUAAAAAAAUGUACCAUGUAAUCUAUUAAAAUAUUUUAUUACAUUGGGAUAUGUAUCUAUUAUUCUGAUUACUCACACAAAAAGUAUAGAAAUUAAAUAUUUCUGAAUCAUAUUUUUAAACUUGGUUUUUCCUACAUUUUCUAAUCAAAAACAAGAUAUUACUUCAACAUUUUUAAAAAUAACAUUAAAUGUAUGUAGGUACCACGUCUUGUAUAUAAUAUUUUGUACCGGAGGGCUAUUUAAAACCCUGCAGGUAUAAAUAAAUUAUAAAAAAAAAAAAUUAUUUUCCUUCUCUUUUUCAAGCGUAUUAACGUUCUAUUAUCUUGUAUGUCUUUUCUAAAAUUCGCCAUUAAUAUUUGCCAUAAAUUAUGAUUAAUGAACCAAGUUUCAGUGUGUUAKAGGAUGACCACAUCACCAUCCCCAAAAUUACAACUUUUAUUUAAAAAAAAAAAUAAAAUAUAAGAAAAUUCGAGAACUUGAAAUACCUAUACAAUUUUUAAGAAAACGAUUUGCUGAUUCAGUAAAAACAUUAUAAAAUACUUAAUAUAUUUGACGAACUAUGGCAAUGUAAAUCACUUAAAAUAAGUAAAUCAUUUUCAUUGGCCAAUUUAAUCUUUUGAAUAACAUACAAACAAUAUGUGUCUAUAUUUUAAAAACUAUUUAAAUAAUAUUAUCAGUUAUUUCUAAACAUUGCACCAUUUUGAUUAAUUUCAUUCAGAGGUAUAAUGCAUAUAUCAGUACAUAGUUACAURUUGUUAUAGUGCUGUCUUUUCGUCAGUAUUUAUUUUUAUGUUGGGACAUAAAUAUUUAAAUAACAAUAAUAUCUAACAACCACAUUGUGUUGGGAGACAAUGAGCUACAUCAAAGAAGAAUGCAAACUUUCUCGUAUUUAAAAGUUGAUUUGCUUGAGAGGUCAUUUAAAUCUUCUGAAACRCAAUAAAAAUCUUCCGCCAACGUUUUUACCAAAUCCAACAAACAAAUGAAUUGUACUUUUUUUUUUUUUACUUACGUCAUGAAUUUGAACGAAAUUUUAUUAGCCAGCAAGACAAGUAAUAUUUAUCUAAAAUCACUAUUUGACGUUACUGGGACAGGAUUGGUUUAAAAGGAUUUUCUAUUUUCGUUCUUAUAUUAUUUCAAAAGUUUAAGUCGACAUGCAUGUGAUACCAACGCAUUAUCACCAAAAUCGAGUUUUUAAAUAUUUUUCUGAACAAUUUUCACUUAUUAUAACCCUUUUAAAUUACAAAUUACUUGAUAUUUAUACUAAAUACGUAUUGUUCUCAUGUAUCUACAAAAUUAUGAAUUGUACAUCAACCAAAAGGCAAAUAUAAUUUGGGAUAAGUUAUAGGUUGGAUUUUAUUUUAUUCUUUUCAAUAAGUUUGAAAAUGUAUCAGACGUCAGAAUAAUAUUUUUUCAUUGUUUUCCCACAGUAUAUGUUAUGUUUAAAACAAUAUUAAAUUAAAUUUAAAAAUCACAACACUACAAAUAAAUAUCUGAGUUCGUUGUUGGAGUUUUUUUUUAUGUUCAUUAAUUUAAUAGAUCUUUAUGAUCUUACACAAUAUUAUUAAUCGUCGACAGUUGAUUUGAGAUUUUGAAAGUACGAUUUUUAUAUUUCUAUAAGUAUUUCUAWUAUAGCUAAGUUAUAAAAUACUGAAAUACUGAUCGUAGUGGAUAUACUUAAGUACGAGUAUAAUUGCGUAGAAUUAAUGUUAUGUUAUAUUAUUUCCGAUUCAGAUUCGCUUUUCGAACUAACACCGCCGCCCGAACACUGGGCAACUUCCGCACCAUCGAUACGGCCAAUGCCCAUUACAGCAAUAUUAUUAUUAUUAUCAUUCUUAUUGUACCUAAUUGUUGUUAUUGUUGUUAUUGUAAUAUAAUAUAAUAUUAUAAUGUACCUAACCUACGGCGCCCAUUGGUUAACCAUGACACAACACGUUUGUAUUAUAUUAAUAUAAUGUAUAAGAGCAAUCUAAAGCUCUUGUCCAUUCCGUGCAAAAGCAUAUUUAUUAUAUACAUAUAUUAUUAUUAUUAUUAUUAUUAUAUAGCAAUUAUUAUUGAUUUAUUUGUUAG